AGAUGGCUUCCUGAAUCCUUCAAUUCGUCCAAGAACACAUUUUGAAGCUAAACAAUUGAACACUUUGCCAUUGAUCAACUUGCAAUGACUACUUAGGUAUAGUUAAUUAUAAUACGCUGUCGAAUUGUUUCUUUUCCGCCUGAUUCCACGAUAAAUAGUGGAGAAUGAUUUAAAAUUACCCUGUACAUUUCCUGACCACAAAAACUCGUGAGAACAAUAUUCAUGGUGCAAGAUGUCUGCAAGAGGUGACGAAGAUUUUUCAAAACGUACAUUCUGGGAGAGGUUAAAGGAAUCCUUCUACAAAGAAAGGGAUACACUUACACAGAAUACUACGACUGUUUUUGCCUUUGUCUUUGGUGGUCGGUUUGGUUAUCGCAUCGUAGAUGAUAGCUUUCGGCGACACAACCAGCUGACUGUGUAUGAAUCUGCAAUGCAUGCACAGCGUCGCUAUCAUGCAUCCAUUGUUGUGGGAUUUGUCAAGUAUGGUUGGCGUUGGGGAUGGAGAGCUGGUACCUUUGCUGGUGUUUAUAGCUUUCUCAUGGUUGCACUAGAGGCUUAUCGAAACAGAUAUGAUGCACUGAAUUUCAUGGCCAGUGGAGCUUCAACUGGUGUUUUGUAUAAUAUAUUUUCUGGGUGGCGUAAAAUGGCUGUUGGGGCAGCACUUGGUGGUGGUUUAAGUUUGCCUCUUGGAAUACUUGCACAGGCUGGAAAUGCAAUUCUACCAGAGGAAUAUAAACUGAACAGAAAGCAACUUGAGGAAUGCAAUUUUGAAAAGGAAGAGCAGAAACAAAUUCUGAAAGCUACCACCAGUUCAUUGAUAGAAUCCAUAGAGAAAGAAUUAAAACAAAAGGAUCAAACUUGUGAUCACAAGAGAUGACAGUUUUGUUAAUUUCCUGCUCAAGUCCUGAAAAAUAAAUGCCUUUUAAUUUUGAACCCUUUAA